AUGAGCGCGAUGGCUGAGGGCAGUGAGAGUUGGUCGCGGGAGGAUGAGCUUGAUCUGGGCCAGGAAGACGAUGCCCAGCAACCUGACCAUGGCCCCCUAGACGACGCCUUACCUUCCCCGCAGGAAGCCGCGGAAGACGGAUUGAACAUGUUGGACAAUACGGAGGACCAGGACGGGGAGAAGACGGUGGAACCAGCAGAUCUGUAUCUUCCAAAAACUCCUCCACCGCGAAAUGCGGAAUGGGCUCAAUCAGGAAGUGUGGAUGGAACAGGCUCAACCCCCGACGAUUCCCCAUCCUUACAUGUCAGUGAUACGAGUGGCGCGCAACUUGAUAAGCAAGCUGAUGAAUUUCAGGGAUCUGUUACGUCUUCUUUGAGCAGCAGCGCUCUGGCUCUCCGAGGGUCUCCGCGAGUUAGCCCAAGUCCGGCCCGUCGUCCGUUCGAUCUGCGCUUCCAGUCCCGACUAUCUUCUUCGCCGCAGAGUGUGUCUAGGUCCGGCUCGCCAUUCUUAGCGCAUUUACACUCUCGGCAAUCCUCGAUCACUAGCCAAGUCUCCCCGACACCAGAAACCGAAAAUGAACUGCUCCAGGGCCCAUGGGAUGUGGUGCGAUGGACCAAGUUGCGGAAGAUCACUGGGCAGGCAUUUUCAGAGAUUGGGAAGCGCAACUUCGGACGGCCGACUAGUCUAGCUGUAUCUACGUCAAUUGUUAUUGGUACAUCAAAGGGUAUCAUACUCGUGUUCGACUAUCAGCAAAGCUUGAAGACUAUCAUUGGAACUGGCACACCAGCUGUUGAAUGUGGAGCUGUCACAUCUUUAGCACUUUCUGCUGAUCACACUACCGUUGCAGGAGGCCACGACUCCGGUGACAUCUUUACAUGGGAAAUAUCCCGCUCAGCGCGGCCAUUUCUUCAUAUACCGCCAAUUCCGGCCAACCAAGUAGAGACUCGGAUAUCUGAUGGUCAUCUUACGGGCUCCGCUGUCAUCCAUAUAGGAUUCCUUGGUACCAGACGAACGGCGCUUGUAUCGGCUGAUACACGAGGUAUGGCGUUCUCGCACCUGGCAACAAGAGGAACAGGUGCUUUGGGACGAACAGUCAAGACGACUCGAAUCCUGGGUCGAUAUCCACAACCUUCGUUAGAGGAAACACGGCGACGAAAGCCCAGUUCCGUCCUCGCUUUCUCUCCCCUACCGCUUGGCAACGUGGAACAGCCCACCGAUUCUUUGGGCCUUGUUGCUAUGCUAACCCCUUAUCUUUUGGUCAUUGUAUCCACUACACCGGUGGCGCAAACUCAACACAAAGCACCCCGACCCAAAGAAGUACCAGCACACAGCGCUAUGACUGGAGCAUUGGCAUGGUUUCCGGCCAUCAGAUUGAAAGGAAAAGACACUCAGACUUCAAAAACGAAGCUGGUUUACUGUUGGUCGAAUGUGUUGACAGUGCUCGACGUCACAGAAGCGGAGACAGAGGAACCCGUGGACCGUGACAGACCUCCUAGUCUUGUAUUCCAAGCACGCAGCAGAUGGAAGGCAGACGAAGCCAUUGUAGCAGUUCAGUGGCUCAGUCGAUCGGUGCUUGCUGUGUUCACAAUCACACAGCGACUGCUGAUCAUUGAGGACUAUUCCAUGCAUGUGACGGACUCCAUCGAUCUGGCGAACCGACACAUUUACCAUGCUGAUCUUUUUUCGUCACAGCUCCAUACCCUAGUGGAGCAGCUUGAUGAAGAAGAUGAGUCCAUGCAUGGUGUGGUUGCGGACGCUUUUUACAUGAGUUUCCGAUCUUACAAAGGCCGGUUGUUCUUGCUGGGCUAUAGCGAAGCCUUGGUCGGUAACCUAUCAAACUGGGCCGACCGACUCCUAGCGUUGAUGGAGGCCGGGGACUUCAUUGGCGCUAUCCGCUUGGCCACAUCUUACUACACAGGAACUGCUGAAAAGCUAACGGUUGGGCUUCCUGAAGAGGACUCUCUGAGAAAACCAAUGGUGCAAGAAAAGCUUUUGGAGAUGAUCUCUGCAUCUCUAAGGUAUGCUUUUGGUCGGAACGCUGAAGCGAGCAACGCUCGAUUGGACAACCAGGAAUUAGCGGAGCUAGCAGAGGUUUCCAUCACGGCUUGUAUCUACAUGGCGGAUGAGGAAUUCCUCUGGGAGGAAGUCUUUAAUUGGUAUGAAGAGCAAGACUCGGUGGGUAUCUUUUUGGAUGCCCUCGAACCCCGUAUCACCGACGGAACGUUGCGAUCACUGCCUCCUACCGCGGUCAAACCCUUGAUCAACCAUUUCAUUGGAACCCACUCGGCUGGUAGCUUAGAGGAAAUCAUCUGUCUCCUGGAUACUACUACAAUGGACAUUGACCAGGUUACAACGUUGUGCAAGCAGCAUAACCUGUACGAUGCCUUUAUAUACGUGUGGAAUCGCUGUUUGAUGGACUAUGUGGGACCACUGGAAGAGCUGCUACGUCAAAUCCCAACUCACACCGAGCCUUUGGUCAACGGUGACUAUGCGAUGGAAAUGAGAAAACAGAACAAUGCGAUGAAAAUGUUCCCCUACCUGUCUUUUGUGUUGACAGGUCGCAUCUAUCCCACUGGCGAUGAUAUGGAUGAAGCCGAAGCCUUGCGGGCCAAAACCGAUUUGUACCAAUACCUUUUCUCUGGUCACGGAUCUGGAAUGUUUGGCGAUGCAGCAAACUCAUUUUCCCAACUUCGCGCUAUGCUCAAAUUUGAUGCAUCGAGCUUCAUGAGCAUGCUGAACGAAGCUUUCGAAGACAGCUUCCUCAACGAGUCCGAGAAUGAUGAAGCGCUCACCGGUGUAUCGAUCAACCGACAGUAUCUCAUUAGCAUUUUGCUUCAAGUUAUGACGGGCGAGUUCUUCACGUCUUUUGAUACCAUUUACCUGGAUAUGUUUGUUGCGCGCAAUCUUCCCAAAUACCCCCAAUAUAUUCUACUCUCAGGCACGACUCUACACCAGGUUCUGGUGCGUGUCUGCCAGUACCCAGAGCCGGACUUAGCAGACGACUGUGAAUUGAGUGCAGAGUAUCUGUUGUCAUUUUACCAUCCACCCGAUAUCCAGAGCAUGAUUCCUCUUUUCAAGGAAGCACGCUUUUUCCGCAUUCUCAAGUCGACAUAUCGAUCCGAGAAACAAUACUCUCAGUUAAUUAUGACUUAUCUUGAGGACCCAAAUGAUCGUGCAGCCAUAUUUACUUGUUUGCAUGACUGUCUUCGCUUGGGAUCGGGACUCGGCGCGAAAUCAAGACGAGAUGUGGUGGAUGUGGUGAAACAGCGGGCUCGAGAUAUCGUUGCAAUUGAUGUGACGCUUACUGCCCUAACAAUGCAAGAUCUAGCUCCCGAAACUCACUCUACGUUCUUGCGAGUUCUAGAGGACGAUCCUCAGAAUCAGUAUCAGUACUUGCUGGUACUUGUUGAGCCGCAGGCUCAGACUACAGAAACCCCCGCAUCACCCUCUGUUGAGAACUGGAUGGUCGAGCGCUACGUACAGCUCCUUUGCAGAUACAAUCCUUCCCACGUUGCAGAUUACGUGGAUGGAUUGCGCGUUGGCGACAUCCAUCUAGAAGAGCUGCUCCCUGCUAUAGAGGAGAGUGGAGCUAUUGACGCCGCUGUCAUCUUACUUGCUCGACAAGGCCAAGUACGUGAGGCCCUUGACCGUCUCGUUGCACAUCUGAGCAUCCUUGAAUCCGGCCUGGUCGGAAUUCUCCAGAGCGUUCGCGAAAGCCCCGACUCAGCAAGCACAGCGGAGGCAAUCGACGACCUCAUUGAGUCUCUCAGCAAGUAUGCAGGCGUCGGAACUUGGCUUUGUCAGGGCCAAAGCAAGACCAUCAAGCAGUCACGAACCGGCAGCGCAAACGGUAAACGCGGUGCGGCAGCCCUUGAACACCCUCUAGCAUUCGAUGAAACCCUCUGGCUCGACCACAUCGAAGCCGUCGUCCGCAUUGCCAGUAAUGUCUUUGCAUUCAUGCAGGGAGACAGCUCUCAAAUCUCCGUCGCCUCUGAACCUACCACCUCACUCGGCGGCGACAAUGGCCGUCUAACAGCCUUCUUCCGAACCCUCGUCCAACAAGUCUUCACAGCCCUUCUAGCCAGCACCGUCAAAGCAGGCCCAUCAACCUCCGAACGAACCGACAUGUCUUUCCUCCGCAUCUUGCGCGCCUUCCUCACCCGCGCUGCAACCUGGUCCCCUUCCCUCCUUGAACUCCGCGCUGUCUUAGCCUCCAUUUUCUCCGCAUACUCCUACGAGAAAUCCCUUCUGACCCUCGCCAACGGUAUGCUAGACCGCGACCUUUUCGUUCACGUGGAUGAAGUCACCCGCCUCCGCCAACAAGGCUGGCGACCCCGUGGGCACGUCUGCGAGAUCUGUCGCCAACGAAUCUGGGGCCCCAGCGUUGGCGAUGCUCAUUGGUCGGCCUGGGAAGAGAAGCAAUCCGACGCCCACCAGCGGCGCAUCGCCCAGCGGCAUGAGGAGGCCUACAAUCCAGACGAGAGAGGCAAAGGCAAAGCAGCCGUCCUCGGCACCGGACAUCCAUCCCACCUCGAUCGCGCCGCAGCAGCACAUGCACUUGCCCAUCGCGACGAUGACCAUGACACCCACCACGCCGACUCGGACCCAACCGAACCAGCGGAGGGCCCGAAUGGAACGGGCAACGGCUCGGUCACAGGUGGAGGAAACCCAACUCCACCCCUGACUCCGGUCAUUGUCUUCUCUUGUCGACACCUCUACCAUAGACAGUGUGUUCUCGAUGCAGUCGCCGCCCGCGCCCAUUCCCGCGUCUUCACUGAUUCCUUUCGGCGUGACCAUUCGCCCGACUGGUCGGGGACUGAGAUGUUCUGUCCGGCAUGUACAUAG